AUCAUAUCGCCAGAUACUCUAACAAUUUCUCCUCGAGUUCCCGGUCUCUACGCAAUCUGGUGGAAACCAGCGGCGCAGUCUUCAGGCGGAAGACAAGGGGCGAACUUCGACGAUAUCAUUCGCAUCCAUCCUAUUACUUAUCAAUCCGAGUGGUAGCAAACCAUGCGCUUUCCAAUCCGGUUCCAGCUGGGCAGCUUGUUGCUGCUGUCCUCACUGAUCGGAAUUUCGGUCGUCUCCAUCGCAACAUGGGUACGAGUUCAUGACUUCGUGCUCAAUGUGCGAGCAUCGCGUCUGCAACUUACUGCGUCUUUGAAGGCAGCUCAGUUGGCCUCGAAUUUGAACCUGAUGCAGACCUCAGCGAACUUUGUAACCACCCGAGUUCUCGUACAGCGAGCCCUCAUGCGUUACAAUUACUAUGGCAAUAACUCCGCCGAAAAUUGGGUCUCUGCACAGACAGAUAUGCAGGCUGGCAUAGGUGGCGACGGAUCCAUUGGGCAAACCCUGUUACUUCAAUCGAUGGUCUUCCCGAAGAAUAGCACAGGGGUUGCGGGAGGUCAUAGUUUGAUGAAUACGACAUCAGUUGGCACCAUCGGGCAAAUUGAGCUCCCAUACAAAUAUCCGAACGGCACUCAUAUUUUGUUGGGAGCAAAUGACACCGACGCUGGACCACUGGGAUUUCCACCGAUGCUUUAUCCGAACAUGACGACAAUCAGCGACUUCUACAACAGUACUGGCGACCCGUAUGACCUUUACUUCGACGGUACCACGCUCAUUCCAGGAUCGACCAUGCUACUAGGUCCAUGGGCGGUAAAUAAGACCUUUUCAAUGGUCUCGAUGACGAUGCCGAUCGUGAAUAACACAAGUGCAUCGGACGUUGUUGGAUUCCUUACAGUGCUGAUGGACGCAUCACUCAUCUCAGACGUGAUGCGGGCGCAGGAAGGCCUUGACGAUACCGGGGAGCUCCUGAUCAUGAGUCCCGCCACGCAGAACAAUCUCUUCCCACCCAGCGCCAUUAAAAAAGGCAGCAAGAACAAGCCUGACUUCCCGAUCAAAUAUGUCAUCCCGUUGAAUGACAGCGAUACAGCCCGGCAUCCAGAGCAAAUGUGGGGCGGGUCGAGACAGUCAUUCAGUGUUCGCAAAUACCCAGCCAUCUACGCCGCAGUGGACGCGGUCCGUGAUGGCAAUGAGGAAAUGGGCGGUGUUGAUUUGUGGGCCACGAACGAAAAAGGACAAGAGGUCAGCGUUGGCUGGGCACUUCCGCGAAUCGAUCUGGUGGAUUGGGUGGUGAUUGUUGAAAUGGAAAGAAGUGAAGUGUGGGCUCCGAUCAAUCGCUUACGAGCCAUCAUCUUGGCAUGCCUCUUUGCCACUGCCGGUUUUAUGGCCGUUAUUGCAUACCCCCUGGCACACUUCUUCUCUCUACCCAUUCUACGACUUCGACAAGCUACUACGAGAUCAAUCAAACCUCCGGGCCCUCUCGGUCGUGAUAGCAUGGGAUCGUACGGCAGUGAAUCUGAAGGCAACUACGAUGGUAUGAACGGGAUGUCGAGCGCGUUCAGUACAGGCCCGAAGCGCAAAGGAGGCUUCUUCGACAGAAUCACAAACUGGCACCGAGGCCAUGAUCAAGACUCCCAGACCAUGCGGGAAGAGCGCAAAAAGCGUGAAUUCCGCAUCCCGCAAAAGGUCAAGCAUCGCCGUCAAUUCUUUCAAGACGAGUUGUCCGAUUUGACGGGAACCUUCAACGAGAUGUCCGACGAGUUGAUGAUGCAGUACACGAGACUAGAGGAGCGAGUACAGCAACGCACUGCAGAACUUGAACUGAGUAAGAAAGCUGCGGAAGCUGCCAACGAAAGCAAAACAUUGUUUAUUGCCAACAUUUCUCACGAGCUGAAGACUCCACUGAAUGGUAUUCUGGGCAUGUGCGCAGUCUGCAUGCAGGAAGACGACCCCAUUCGGCUCAAGCGAUCUCUUGGCAUAAUAUACAAGAGUGGUGAUCUUCUAUUCAACCUCCUGACAGACCUCCUCACAUUCAGCAAGAAUGAGGUAGGUCAGCAUCUGACGUUGGACGAGAAGGAAUUUCGACUUCGGGAAAUUACCGCACAGACCGUGGCUAUUUUCGACAAACAGGCAUCGGAAGGCAAAAUUGACUUUCGCGUCAUCUACGAGGGCAUUCCGCGAGCCUCCAGCGAAACUCCCAAUGUUGUUGAACCUUCAGACUUGGGUCCUGACGGCACUGGUAAGAUUCGUGACAUGGUCCUCUGGGGCGACAUGCACCGCAUCUUGCAGAUCGUAAUCAAUCUGGUAUCAAACUCACUGAAGUUCACACCUUCGGGCGGUACAGUAACUCUCAUAUUGCGCUGUCUUUCGGAGAUGCCCACCGACAUCGACAAACGUUCAAGCUCGACGAAUUCGAAGACCCUUCGCCGAGCGUCCCGCCAAACACGGGCUUCUGACGUUUCAAUUCAUUCAUCAGCGCGGUAUAGCUCGACUCAAGGCGGCAGCGCACGGAACAGUACUCAGCCUCCAGUGGUAGACCGUGCGGGAUCACCGCCGCCACCACCUGGCUGGAAUCUGUACUUCGAAUUCGAGGUCAUUGACACAGGACCCGGUAUUCCCGAAAAUCUUCAGAAACAAAUCUUUGAGCCCUUUGUGCAGGGAGACUUGCGUCUCAGCAAGAAGUUUGGCGGUACUGGUCUAGGUCUGAGUAUUUGCUCACAACUAGCCAGCCUUAUGCAGGGCAGCAUCCGUGUGCAGAGUAAAGAGCAUGAGGGCGCAAAAUUUACGCUCAAGAUCCCGCUCAAGCACGUGAAGUCACAUACUGACAGUUCGGCCUCUUCCUCGCGAGAUUUUUGUUUCGACGAUCUCAGCCGUCAGAAUUCUGUACGAGAGGACCACAAGGAGCGCAACAAUACCUCUCAGGAACGCCUGGCUAGAUCCGAAGGGAACGACGAAUAUCCUUCUCCGAGUUCAGGCGUUUCCCCCGCAGGGAAUAAGAUGUCGGUGGUUGACAACGUGGCUAGCGAUUCUCAACCACGUCUGGUCGGUCUAUCCACGCCGUUUUUCGCGUCCUCACAACCGAUGGGGUCACCGAACUCGCAAUCUGCCACGAUGCAAGUGAUUGCGGCAGAUGGAGCUCGCGUCCGGUGUGGACGAAUACGGGUCCUUGUUGCGGAGGAUAACCAAGUCAAUCAAGAGGUUGUGUUAAGAAUGCUCAAGCUCGAGGAGAUCUACGACGUAACAAUGGCAAAAGAUGGACAAGAGGCUCUUGACCUCGUGAAGGCUUCCAUGAAACCACAAAGUGAAGGCGGCGGAGGCGGCGUGCCUUUCAACCUCAUUUUCAUGGAUGUGCAGAUGCCCAAUGUGGAUGGUCUGCAAAGUACUCGUCUCAUUCGCGCUAUGGGAUACAGCGCGCCUAUCGUUGCCCUUACAGCUUUCGCAGAAGAAAGCAACAUCAAAGACUGUCUUGAGUCCGGCAUGAAUUAUUUCCUUUCCAAACCGAUUCGAAGACCUCAACUCAAGAAGGUCCUCAAGCAAUAUUGUGCGCCCAUUCCCGAAGAGGUUGCGGAUGAACUUACGCCUCCCCUUCCGGUCGGACAAGAGCAGCUCACGGUGUCCGAAGUCGUUCGCUCGGCGUCCACCAGAAGAGCGGCGGCAGCAUUGCCACCUGUAUCGACCCCUUCACCCAAAACCGCAGUUUCUGCACCACAGGAUGUCACUUCUCCAAUGGUACUGUCGGCACAGCCCUCGAUCGCGUCCGGCUACUUUGCAACCUCACCUAACAACGUAAGUGACGGCACUGAAAAACCUUUCAGUCCUUUACGUGGAGACUCCAUGGUCUGAGACCAUGACUUUCGAAAGACUCGCCAUGACCAAGAAUUUUACCAUGUGCCAGAUAUGA